AUGGAAAAUUUGAAUCCAGCUUGUGCGAGUGAAGAUGUUAAAAAUGCUUUGACAUCUCCAAUAAUGAUGUUAAGUCAUGGAUUUAUUCUGAUGAUAAUCGUUGUCAGUUUCAUUACUACAGCGUUAGCUGUUCAAACUCUUUGGUAUAAAAACGUAUUUCCAUUUUGUACCAAAAACCUUUUGCUAUCGGCUAUUGUUAAUGGAAUUUUUCACCAAUCUACAGUCGCUGAAAUUCGCUUGAAAACUGUGUAUCAUUUGAUCCGUUACUCAAAUGCUCCAUGCUCAAUCCUAUUUCAAUCAUCAGAUUGUUUUUAUGAUAAUUUCUUAUAUUAUCAAACUGCCCUCUUCUCAAGUUUUUAUUGUGUUUCUCUAUUCCUUGACAGACUUUUUUCUUUAAAUCCAAGAUCAUUCUACAACUCCCAUCAAACACUUGGUUUUAUUGUUUUCCUUAUUCUUCAAAUAAUAUGUCCAAUUGCUAUUCAAUUUUGGACAUUUCACGAUUCAGAUUACACGAGCUAUGUUCCAAUGUGCAAUUAUCCACCAGCUUCGUCAGUUUCGGGAACUAAAUUUUAUUUUAUAAAUGAUAGUCGGAUAAUUAUCAUGGGGACUAUUUUUAUGUGUUCUCUUUUUCUGUAUAUUCACAAUAAAUCUCGAGAAAAAAGAAUGAUAUUUAAUGUCUAUAAUACUGAUUCCCGGUAUAAGUCUUAUGAGAAUUUCUUGGCCACCAGAGCAGUAUGUAUAAUUAUAUUUUCUCAAAUUACUUGCCUUGGUAUUACGUCGUUCGUUCCAUCAAUAUUCAAUCAAUUUCGACAAUCGAUUUCUCCGGAUUGGUUCCAUUUAAUACUUGCAUUUAUGGCGGGUGCAACCUACUCAAAUUUUUUCCUUCCAUUAAUUGUAAUAUAUGAAACACAACUAAUAAUUGCCCAUCGUCAUAAACUGAUCAAAAAACUAAAAAGCCAAAAAGAAGAAUUUUCGGAUCACUUUGCGUCUCUUGAUUUUGUAUGGGAGCGGGAAGCAAAUAAGAAAAAAACUCAAUUGGUUCAAUGA